UCUCUCUCUCUCGAUCCCCGCGGAGAAAAUGGCGGCGCGGCGGAGCGGGACCCCGCGCACAGCGCCCCCCGGCCGCCCUUCGGCCUCCCCUCAGCCCCCAGCAGGAGCCCCGUGAGGCGCGCGGCGCGGAUGGCCCGCGGAGCGCCGUGGGGCGGCAGGACGGCUUCUCUCCUCCUCCUUCCCACCCCUCAGGGGGCGGCGAUAGCGGCGGGGAGGAAGAAAAGGAUGCCACGGAAGCUGCUGUUGCCUUAUAAAUCUCUUUUUCCUCCUUUCCGAGCUCCCAAGGGGCUGCAUGACGCUGUGGCGAUGAACGCGGCCAGGAGCGGCUAUCGGGUUUUCUCGGCCAACUCCACGGCGGCCUGCACCGAGCUGGCCAAGCGCAUCACCGAGCGUCUUGGUGCUGAGUUGGGGAAAUCUGUGGUGUACCAGGAAACCAAUGGAGAAACAAGAGUUGAAAUAAAAGAAUCUGUCCGGGGUCAGGAUAUCUUCAUCAUACAGACAAUCCCCAGGGAUGUGAAUACUGCUGUGAUGGAGCUGCUGAUAAUGGCUUAUGCACUGAAGACUUCCUGUGCCAGGAACAUCAUUGGGGUCAUUCCUUACUUCCCCUACAGCAAACAGAGCAAAAUGAGGAAGAGAGGCUCCAUAGUCUGCAAGCUGCUGGCAUCCAUGCUUGCCAAGGCAGGUUUAACACACAUCAUCACUAUGGAUCUUCAUCAGAAGGAAAUUCAAGGCUUCUUCAGCUUCCCUGUAGACAACCUGAGAGCAUCCCCUUUCUUGAUUCAGUACAUACAGGAAGAAAUUCCAGAUUAUAGAAACGCCGUUAUUGUGGCCAAGUCUCCUGAUGCAGCUAAAAGGGCUCAGUCUUACGCUGAGAGGCUGCGGCUGGGGCUGGCAGUGAUCCACGGCGAGGCUCAGUGCACAGAGCAGGACAUGGAUGAUGGACGUCACUCCCCUCCCAUGGUCAAAAAUGCAACUGUGCAUCCUGGUCUGGAGCUGCCAUCUGUGUCACUCCAAGGAAUCUCAGCUGCGGAAGCUGGCGCUGCUGUGCAGCCCCAUCAGUGUCAGCUCAUGCAGAACUUUGCCUUUGUCCAGCUCAGUUAUGAUUUCAUGAUGAUGGCCAAGGAGAAACCACCAAUAACUGUGGUUGGAGACGUCGGAGGAAGAAUUGCCAUCAUUGUGGAUGACAUCAUUGAUGACGUGGAAAGCUUUGUAGCUGCUGCAGAGAUCCUGAAGGAGCGUGGAGCCUACAAGAUCUUUGUGAUGGCCACUCAUGGGCUCCUGUCUGCAGAUGCACCCCGUCUCAUAGAGGAGUCUUCCAUCGAUGAGGUGGUGGUGACCAACACAGUUCCUCACGAAGUACAGAAGCUGCAGUGCCCCAAGAUAAAGACUGUGGAUAUCAGCUUGAUUCUCUCUGAGGCCAUCCGGCGGAUCCACAACGGCGAGUCCAUGGCCUAUCUCUUCCGCAACAUCACUGUUGAUGACUAGAGCUGCCCCUGCCCCCGUCCUGGCUUCCACAGGAGAAGGAGAAAUGCAUGAAAAGGCAAUUCCAUAAAUUAUAGGCGUAACACAACCGUUUAUUCUUGUAGGAAGGGUGAGAGUUCUCAGGGUCUUGAGCCAUGAGAUCCAAUAGAAAAAGAUCAACCUGACCAGCACUUUACAGUUGAACAGAAGAGGCCACUGGCAGUGGGGAGGGUUUACAACUCUGAGAGAAAUGAAGAAAUGAGGAAGGUUUGAAUUUUUAAACUCCAUUUUUAUUUUUUAAUUCUUUUUUUUAGUGUUAUCACUUGCUCUGAAGGGUGGGGGGAGAAGAAAAGUGUGAAAAGAAUAGCUGUCAGCUUCUGAGAAAGGAAUAGAGAGCGCUCGUUGCUGCGUGUGGAUUGCAAGAGGAAGCAACGUUUGGGUUUCUGUUUCUGAUUGUGGCUUACCUGAGCACAGAGAGGAACGGCUCGCUGAGCUGCUGGGCUGCUCCACUCACUGCUGGCAGAGCAGAGCCAGCUGAGCACCCUGUGCUCUCUUGCAUGGCAUAGCGAGCGCUUUCAUCAGAUCCAAGGUAGCAGAAAGGGCAGCUCAGUUGUGUCAGUGCAGGGCUGCUCGGGGCGCUGGGAACAGGCUCGCACGUCCCUCCCAGCAGGGCCAGGGGUGCUGGGCCGUUUCAUUCUGUGAGCCUUGGGUCGUUAUUGUGCUUCACUGCAAAGUCGUGUGGGGCUCUGGGUCAGCACUCGAACACUUGUCUGCCCUGCAACACCAGGCGUGAUUCCUGGAGCUGCCUGAAGUUACUGAAUGAGGGCAGAAUCUUCUCGGGGUGGGGGUUGGAGCAGCGUCUGCCUCCAGCACAGCUGAGCUCUCUGAAACAAUAACACUCAACCUGCGAUAAAAUGCAUGGGAUUUCUCCUUUUUUGGUGCUUGCAGUGACCCCUUUACCCUCUGAACAGCUGCUGUGUCUGAACCAUGAGGCUUCUGCUGUAAGUAGGCUCUCUUGGCAGCUUGUCGCCUUCUUCCCUGGGGAAGCAGGACUUGCUACUUGUUCCUUUCUUGAGUGACACAAAUCCUUGGCCGGAGGGGACGCUGGAGAAAGCAGCGUGCAGUGCUUGUGGAGGGCAUCAUCUCCAGGUUGAUACAAGGAGAAGUUCCCAAACUGUGAUCUUCCCCCUCAAUGAAGCAAAUAAACAUGCUGCAGUAAAGCCU